CAACGCUGGCCAAACGAUACCAUUCCAGCGGGCGUGCAUCAAUUUUGGCUGCCGUCUUUGACGGAAAAAACAUCCACUGUUUUCUUCGUCAAUGCUCACCGGGAUUCCUUGGUCGGUGCCCUUCCUCACUCAAUGCCCGAGGGCUCGCCGUCCAGGUACAAGGAUAUCGCUGUAAUAGAGUUUCACAACCGA